GCACUAUGCGCCAUGGCGUAUGCGGACGCUGGAGUUACGGGAAGAACACGCAGCGGUUCUGGCAGCUGGGUAGUGUCGAGUGAAUUACCCACCAUCAUUGCAGUUUGAAGCUUAGUUUUCUGUUAUGGAUACACAGAUUUAAGUGAUUGGUUUAAUUAUUGUGAUCAAGUAAUCAAUAGUUCGUGAAUACAAUUAAAACAUACUCUUGACUUUGGUGAGCUUACCAAUGUUAGCUUGUUUAACUUAAAAAAAUAUCGUCAGCGGAAGCAACUGGAUCUUAAAUUCCACCGUUGGAAGAUUUUAAUUAUUGUAGAAGUUGCAAGGGAUGGACAAUCUUGAGGGAAAAGCUACUGAAAGGAUUCUACUAGAACCAUACAAUUACCUGCUGCAGCUGCCAGGGAAACAAGUCCGAACUAAACUGUCCCAAGCUUUCAAUCACUGGCUCAAUGUACCUGAGGAUAAACUUCAGGUAAUCAUUGAGGUAACAGAAAUGUUGCACAAUGCCAGUCUCUUAAUCGAUGACAUCGAGGACAGCUCCAAGUUGCGGCGUGGUUUCCCUGUAGCUCACAGCAUCUAUGGCGUGCCAUCCGUUAUAAACUCUGCAAACUAUGUCUACUUCCUGGGCCUAGAGAAGGUGCUGACACUGGAACACCCUGAGGCUGUGCACGUGUUCACUUGCCAGCUCCUGGAGCUGCACCGUGGGCAGGGCCUGGAUAUCCAUUGGCGUGACACCUACACUUGCCCAAGUGAAGCAGAGUACUGUGGAAUGGUACUGCGUAAGACUGGCGGAUUAUUCGGCCUAGCAGUGGGCCUCAUGCAGCUCUUCUCAGAAUGGCGCUGUGACCUGAAGCCUCUACUAGACACACUCGGGCUCUUGUUCCAGAUACGUGACGACUAUGCCAAUCUCUGCUCACGUGAAUAUGGUGCAAACAAGAGCUUCUGUGAAGACCUGACAGAGGGCAAAUUCUCCUUUCCCACCAUUCACGCCAUCCGUACACAGCUCCAUAGCACACAGGUGCAGAACAUCCUACGUCAGCGCACUGAAGAUGAAGAUGUUAAGCGUUACUGUGUGGAUUAUUUGGAGAAGGUGGGCUCCUUUGCGUAUACCAGGCAGAAGCUGCAUGAGCUAGAGAAAGAGGCAUACAGGCUGAUUGCAGAAUUAGGGGGGAACCCAGAGCUGGAGGGACUUAUAGAACAUCUCAGCCACAUUUACAAGGAAUGAGAGGAAGCAUCUUCUUCUAAUCACAGUUUUCAGAUAAAUACUCUCCAAAGAAGAGAUCUGUGUCACUCCAGAAUUUCUUAUCCUUCUCUCUGGACUCCUCUCCCUUCAUUUGUCUCUGUCACCUCAUGUUCAUUUUGGCAAAAGUGAGAUUAAAUGGUUUUCAAUAUUGCA